AUGAAGCAAGAACUUAAGAGAAAAUAUCUCCCUCCUUCAUACUACCCUAAGCUCCUUGAUAAAUGGAAUAGAUUGACCCAGGGGAGCAAGCCCGUCAAAGACUAUAUCUCGGCCUUCGACGAUUUCCUGAUCCGUUGCAAUGGCGAAGAGUCGGCCACCCCAACUCAAAUCCUGUUCAUGUUUAGAGCUGGCCUUAGGGAAGAUCUACGAACCGAACUUUUUGCUAGAGGAGUAGACUCGUUAGAGGCAGCCUGCAGCCUAGUUCUCGACCUUGAAGAUUCUAAAACCCACUCCCAAACGAAACACUUUGACUCCCGCUCAAACUCGUAUAGAACCUCGUCUGGGCAACCCCAAAACCGACCCUCGGGUUCGACUGCAAGCCGACCCACUGCUAGUUCAGCCCCACCUCGCACGGACCUCAAAGGCAAGACCCCCGAACGAGACGCUUCCAAACCCAACUCUGGAACCAAGUGCUAUAGGUGUCAUGUGUAUGGACACAUUGCUUCGCAGUGUUCUAGUCCUUACAAGGUCACCAUAAUUGAAGAGGUGGACGAAGAGGAGAACGAACCUGAGACUGAUUUGGUUCACCAUGUUGAUGAGGAAGAAGACUCUUUUAUGGAGGAAGAACCCAUUACCUUUCAGGUUGUUAGAUGCGCUUUAUCACAACCUAAGUUAAAUGAUGAUUGGCGUAGGACUUCCAUUUUUCAUACCUUUGUUAAGAUUGGAGAAAAGAGCUGCAAGGUUAUUGUCGAUAGUGGAAGUUGCAUCAAUGCAGUCUCUUCAGCUAUGGUUUCCAAGCUCAACCUUAAGAUGACCCCUCACCCAAAUCCGUAUAAGGUUGCUUGGAUCAACUCGACUACCAUAGAAAUUAAGGAUCGAAGCCUCAUUCCCAUAGAGUUUGUGGGAUAUCAAGAGAAGAUUUGGUGUGAUGUUUUGACCAUAGACGUAGGUCAAAUUAUCUUGGGUCGCCCUUGGUUAUUUGAUAAUGACGUUCAUAUCUAUGGGAGAACGAACACCUGCAUGUUCGAACAUAAUGGAAAGAAAAUUAAGUUAAUACCCUCUCAACCCAGACCUCCCAAGACGGAAGCCAAGCCUACCCCAGCCAAACAAAGCAAAGGGCUCCACCUCUUGACUGCUAAGGAAGUAGAAAAUGAGAUCACCCAAGGAACACCCAUGUAUGCCCUAGUAGCGAGAGAAGUGGAUGAGGAUCAAAAAGAGCAAAUCCCCGAGGAAGUUAAGCCUCUUCUUGAGAGCUUUGCUGAUGUUUUCCCAGAUGAUUUACCUAACCAACUGCCACCCCUGCGGGACAUACAACACGCGAUAGAUUUAGUGCCGGGAGCAUCCCUACCCAACCUCCCGCACUACCGUAUGAACCCGACCGAGCAUUCUGAGCUGAAGAAACAAGUCGAUGAACUCCUACAACGAGGAUUCAUUAGGGAGAGCCUUAGUCCGUGCGCUGUUCAUGCACUUUUGACUCCCAAAAAGAACGGCUUGUGGCGGAUGUGUGUUGAUAGCCGUGCUAUCAACAAGAUUACUGUCAAGUAUAGGUUUCCCAUUCCCUGGUUAGAUGACAUGUUGGACAUGAUGACCGGAACAACUCUCUUUUCCAAGAUAGAUCUUAAGAGUGGGUACCAUCAAAUUAGAAUCCGUCCAGGGGAUGAGUGGAAGACGGCGUUCAAAACGAAGCAUGGACUUUAUGAAUGGACUGUUAUGCCGUUUGGUCUGAGCAACGCCCCAAGUACCUUUAUGAGGGUUAUGACCCAAGUUCUUAGGCCUUUCUUAGGAAAAUUUGUAGUAGUUUACUUUGACGACAUAUUAAUCUACAGUAAUUCGGUGGAUCAACAUCUCAAUCAUAUAAAACAAGUUUGUGAAGUUUUGAGGAAAGAGCAAUUGUUCGCCAACCCUGUCAAAUGUAAAUUCCUCACUGACAGUGUGACCUUUCUUGGAUUUAUCAUUUCAACUCAAGGAAUAUCUGCGGACCCAGAAAAGGUGCGAGCUAUAAAUGAGCGGCCAGAAUCUAAGAAUAUUCGGGAUGUUAGGAGUUUUCAUGGAUUGGCCACAUUCUAUCGAAGGUUUAUUCGGAAUUUCAGCACCAUCGUAGCCCCAAUAACUGACUGUCUUAAGAAAGGGGUAUUCCAUUGGAUGACAGUUGCGACCAAAGCUUUUGAGGAUAUCAAGAAGAAAAUGGUAGAAGCUCCUGUUAUGUGUCUCCCGGAUUUUUCUAAAGUGUUUGAGGUAACCUGCGACGCAUCAGGGAUCGGAAUAGGAGGAGUCUUGUCACAAGAGGGACAUCCUGUGGCAUACUUUAGCGAGAAACUAAAUGACAUAUGA